AUGACUAUCUCAAAAUUUUCCCUAGCCAUUAUUUUGAUAAGUGGGCUUAUUAUGGACCACAUUUGUUGGGCAUCAUCUCUAUCUGAUUCGGAAGUACAAUUUCUCACACUAACCAACGCAGUCCGUGUUAAAGCGUUACAACCUCCUUUAGUUUGGAACACGACUCUUGCAGAUUUUGCUAGCUCAUAUGCUAAAAAGAGAGUCGUAGAUUGCAAAUUACAACACUCUAAAAGUCCAAUUUAUGGAGAAAGUAUAGCGACGAGCCCAAAAGAUUUAAGUCCAGCUGAAGCUGUGGAUUUGUGGGCCAAUAAAAUAAUGAAUUACUAUUACGGCUCUGAUACUUGCCAACAAAUGUGUGCGCAUUACACACGAAUUGUUUGGAAAAUUGCCCAAAGUAUUGGUUGUGCUAGAGAAAAGUGCCAAAAUGGAGGCACUUUUAUUACUUGCAAUUAUUAUCCUCCUGGAAAUGUUGUCGGAGAGUAG